CAUUCUCUCUCAUUUUCAUUUUAUUUUCAGCUCGAUCCAAUGGCUUCUCCUUCGACGACACCCCUUCUGAAAGAUGAGCUCGACAUCGUGAUCCCGACCAUCCGAAACCUCGACUUCCUCGAGAUGUGGAGGCCGUUUUUCCAGCCUUACCAUCUCAUCAUCGUCCAAGAUGGUGACCCUUCCAAGACCAUCAAAGUCCCCGAGGGCUUCGACUACGAGCUCUACAACCGUAACGACAUUAACCGAAUCCUCGGUCCCCGGUCCUCCUGCAUUUCCUUCAAGGACUCCGCUUGUCGCUGCUUUGGCUACAUGGUCUCCAAGAAGAAGUACAUUUACACCAUAGACGAUGACUGCUUCGUCGCGAAAAACCCGUCUGGGGAAGAUAUCAAUGCACUUGACCAGCACAUAAAGAACCUCUUGUCUCCAUCGACGCCAUUUUUCUUCAACACCCUUUACGAUCCUUACAGAGAAGGCGCAGAUUUUGUGCGUGGAUACCCUUUCAGCCUCCGAGAGGGUGUCCAAACUGCUGUUUCCCAUGGCCUCUGGCUCAACAUCCCUGAUUAUGAUGCGCCUACUCAGCUUGUCAAGCCUCUAGAGAGAAACGCCAGGUAUGUUGAUGCGGUUCUGACCAUUCCAAAGGGAACUUUGUUCCCCAUGUGUGGCAUGAACUUGGCAUUUGACCGUGAGCUUAUUGGCCCUGCAAUGUACUUUGGACUCAUGGGUGAUGGUCAGCCAAUUGGACGCUACGACGAUAUGUGGGCAGGGUGGUGUGUCAAGGUGAUAUGUGACCAUUUGGGAUUGGGAGUGAAGACGGGCCUACCAUACAUCUGGCACAGCAAAGCUAGCAACCCAUUUGUGAACCUGAAGAAGGAGUACAAAGGCAUUUUUUGGCAGGAAGAGAUCAUCCCAUUCUUCCAAUCUGCAGUUCUCCCUAAAGAAUGCACCAACGUGCAGAAGUGCUACAUUGAACUGUCUAAGCAGGUCAAGGCGAAGCUUAGCAAGGUGGAUCCUUACUUCGACAAGCUAGCCGAUGCCAUGGUCACGUGGAUCGAGGCAUGGGACGAGCUCAACCCUGCUGGUGGAUCUGCUAAACUGGCCAAUGGCAGUGCCUAAUUCAAAGUUUUUGUUUUGAUUAGUCCGCAAAUCCUCUUUAUUUUUGAAUAAUCAUUA